AUGGGACAAGAAUGCUGUUACCCUACUCGCUACCCUUAUCAACCACAACCAUAUCAAUCAGGCGCUGGUUAUUACCCACCACCGCCUUCACAUCAUUUUCCAAAUCACCACCAUCAGCAUUAUGUACCACCACCAGUACCUUCAUAUUAUCCAUCUCCAGAUAUGGGCUAUUGUCCACCGCCUCCGAGUAUGGGUUACUGUCCACCACCUUCUGACAUGGGCUAUUGUCCACCGCCUUCUGACAUGGGUUAUUGUCCACCGCCUUCUGACAUGGGCUAUUGUCCCCCACCCCAAUAA